UUGCAUCCACCGUGGGUGGGGUUAACUGGAUAACUACCUGAUGAAAGUGUAGUAGGCUAGUAUAGCCUACCUGCAAUGCACUGACGUCUCCUGCUAUGGGAAGCUUUCCUUUGGUAUGCGGCAUUGCUAGGAUAUAGACGCAACAGAACAAGAUUCGAAGACAGAGUGUUUGAUCGCUGUCGGAUUUCAUGCAAGGUACGCUGGACCAGUCUUCGACCAUGAAGGAAAGCAGUUCAGACAAUGCCGAAGACGAAGUUCAGGUCGAAACGAGAAACGUGGACCCAUUUCAAAAACCACCAUACUCAUAUGUAGCUCUUAUUGCAAUGGCGAUCAGAGAGAGUGACGAAAAUAAGUUGACGCUGAGUGGAAUAUAUCAAUACAUUAUCACGAAGUUCCCCUUCUUUGAGAAAAAUAAAAGGGGCUGGCAGAACAGCAUUCGGCACAACCUCAGCCUAAACGAGUGCUUCGUCAAAGUCCCCAGGGAAGGCGACGGGGAGAGGAAAGGGAAUUUCUGGACUUUGGAUCCAGCUUUUGCGGACAUGUUCGAUAAAGGGAAUUACAGACGCCGGAGGCGGGUGAAGAGACCUUUCAGAACUUCACCAAUUUCUUGUGGACCGGGAACGACGCACCUGAAUUAUUCGGAUGCCUACUUGUACCAAAAUACAAAGUACUUGCAAACGCAGCCGUAUCUGAAUUAUCCCGACGCCUACGUGCAUCAAAAUCCCAAGUACUUACCAGCACACUUUGUGAACAACGCGUGGACCCUCUCUGAGCCCAGACCUUUGCAGUCCACAGCAUCGUCAAUCUACCAGCAGCCCCAGUGUCCCAACGGAAAUGUCAGCCCGGCGCCCCUAAACGGAUUUCCGAAUUCGCCGGUGAACAGCCACACAAACCAUCUCCACCCAGGCUAUGGCGGAUACCCUCGACACGCAAAUGUAUGGGUGCCACACAACGGCAGCCACUACCCUGGGAUAACCCAAACAUUUAGCGCCAGUGGGGGUCAGACGCCCCCAGGUAGUUAUCAUCCGUUGUCGUAUAGCAUACAGCAAGAAAUGUCCCUAUAGGGACUAUGUAUUCAUUAUGAAUAGCCAUUAUGAAAUCUGUCAUCAUCUGUGGUGGUUUGAAGACGUUUCUACAUAGCUAUGUUAAUAAAUUAUAUUUUUGUUUAUGUAUUUCAUAGUUCGACAUUCUUUCGCUGACUCAAUAAGUCCAUUACUCUGUCAUGUUAAUCAAAAGUUCACUCGUAAAAUCAACAAUGGGGAUCAUUAAUAAUCUCAUUAUUUAUUUUUUUCAAAAAUCAUUUGCUGAAGUACUUAUAUAAGUUUGAUUUACCUAACCAAGUUAAUAUUCUUGCAUUCAAAGUGACCGUUGCACAGCUUAGUAACUUAAGGUGUUCAUUGCAGCAGAAAGCGGGACAGUGAUCUUUCUGAAUUGUCAGUAUCAAUUAGCCUACCGAUAGUUCAGUUUGGUCGGAUAGCAAACGUUAAAUCUUCUGUAGCAUAGGCCUACAACAAUGUAGCAAUGCAUUUUUGUCAAGUUUGGUUUUAUCUGCUCCGGUAUUUAUUUUAAACAAUUUAGGAAUAUAGUGGGUGCAAGUAAAACGUUUACAAAGGAUAUAUGGGAAUUGUAAAACAAAUUAAGUAGGCAUUAAAUGCUAUAGUCAUGCCCAGCGAUUAUGUUUUGACUCGUUUCUUUGGUAAAAAAAACCCAAUAUCUUGGAAAUGCCCUUUACAGCAAGAGAUUGAGGCUGUUUGUUUCUGCACGAGCUCCUCCGGCCUGUACACAGUAGAGACUUUCCGUUUUACACUUUACGUGGGCUAAUUGAAUUUUAAAUACACUUGCCUGUUUCUUUGAAUGUUCUGAUGAAAUUAUAUUUCACUGAAUUUUGUAAUAAAAUCUGGAGCUGCA